CUCCUUUCAUCCCAUAGCAGUAUAAAUAGUUGCAAAACCAUUGAGCUCACGGCGCUCGAAGCGCAGCUUAUCAAAUGUCCUACAUCUACUCCGUCCCUAACAAUUGAGUUGUGGUUUUGGAUAUUAGGUAGUAUUUGGUCCAAAGUAAUUGCAGUAUCCCUGUAAACAACAACGACCUCAAUCGUCGUUAUUAUCUAUUAUUAACUUGCAGUUGCAUUACAAUGCGAUGUCGGACUCCGAGCUCUUAGCGAAAAUAACUUAUUUCGAAGAACAGGCCCUUCUCAAUUUCUCGGACGAUGAGCCAUAUACCCCUAACGAAAGUGUGCUCAACCUCGAACGCGCGCUGGAAGAAUCAAAACCUGUACUAUCAACCUCACUACUGAGUCACUCAAGUAGUUUCAAUGGGCCAACGCCUCGAGAAAUACAGGCACAGUUUGAGGAGCAUACCGAGAGACGGCGCACUUCUAAUCGACAGAUCAAUCAAAAGUUAACUCGAUCAUCUACGGUACCACAAACUGAGACCGCCGAGAGUGUUCAGAUCCCCAAAUCACACAAUGGUCCUAAUGUGGGUACAGAUAAUGGCAAAAGCCGUUUAAAGAGGACGAUAUCUCUAUCCCAAAUAUUCGACAAAGAAUGUAUCCCGUUUUACAAACGCGUGGGCGCCAUCCCUCGUGAGCUCAGAAGCGGAAAAACUGUGACGCUUGCCAAUAAUAUCAAACUUGUCCCCGAAAGCAAACAAUUGCUCAAAGAGAAGAUCGUCUACUUCUACCCUAACGACGAUAUCUCCAUGGCACGACGAAGACGCAUACACAAGGUCAUUCAGCUUGGUGCUGCAUGGGCGGACAAAUGGAACAACAAUAUCACUCACAUCAUGUCUGAUGAUGGGACAUACACAUAUAAUCAAUUGGUGCAGCAUCUCGGCAGACCAAUACCUCCAUUUGAUCCGUAUGUGCCGCAAUGUAUUAGUCGUGGGGAGCUCUUAGAUCCUACUGCUUCAUACUUUGCUGUAAAAGCUGCCCAAGGCGUAGGCGAACUUGAUCAAGCACCAGACCUCUCCCAUACAUCAACUACAUCGCAGAGCUCGUUAAAGAUAAAAUACCCCAAGAGAAAGAAAGCGACACAGGAGACACAGAAGACCGACUUGUACUUCACUGAAGAAAGCGUGCCUUCCACUCAUCCUUAUACAGAUGCAGUGCCCUCAAGUCCUCUCGGAGAAACAAAGGUUAGAUAUCAAUUUGGAGAUGCCCUGUUCCAAGCCAUACAGGAGACUAAGUUGCUCGCGUAUCUACCCAUUGAUGAGGACGAAGAAGCACAACUAGAUAGUUCGAGAGGUGUGAACACUAUAGAGAACUCGAACACGGAUCAAGAGCUAUUGUCAAUGGGUACAGAUUACCUCAAGAGGCCCAGUGUUUUGUCGAAAGCAUCAGCGUUGCGCGACAAGAAGUACUUCAAUAUGAACAGUUUCCAGUGUAUGGAUCCAAGUUCCAGUAACCAUAUUUCAUGGAACCCAAACGCCCGAACCAUCCAGAUACUAGAAGAGAUGUGCAAGUACUACGAUAGCAUGCAGGACCAAUGGAGAACCCUAAGCUAUCGAAAAUGCGUUGCCACGCUGAAGAAACAAACGGUCAAGAUUACUACUGCAGAACAAGCCGCAAAGCUACCUUCUAUUGGUACACACCUUGCCGCAAAGAUCGAAGAAAUUGUACUCACAGACCGUCUCCGACGACUAGAAAGCACCCGUCAUAACCCUCAAGAUGUAGCCCUACGUUUGUUCCUCGGUAUUUAUGGCGUCGGCCUUGUCCAUGCCAACAAAUGGAUCCAAGCAGGCCACCGCACUCUCCAAGAUCUCAAGACCAAAGCUACGCUCUCUGAAAACCAGAAGAUCGGACUCGAACACUACCAUGAUUUCAACUCCCGCAUCCCACGCGCCGAAGUCGAGGCUCACGGCGCUAUCGUCGCCGCCGCACUCAAGGAAAUCGACCCGGAAUUCAGUGCAACGAUAAUGGGAAGCUACCGCCGUGGAGCACAGGACUCGGGCGAUAUCGAUAUAAUGCUAUCACGACCCAACAUGUCAUCUACCGCCAUGAGCACCACCAUCUUCGAAGUCCUCAUCCCACACUUGUACAAAACCGGCUUUCUCAAAGCCUCACUAACAUCAUCCCGUUAUAGUGACUCCAGCAACUCAAAAUGGCACGGCGCAUCCUCUCUCCCUUCCUCCACUGUCUGGCGCAGAAUAGACUUCUUGGUCGUUCCGGAGCAGGAAAUGGGUGCCGCACUGUUGUAUUUUACGGGUGAUGAUAUUUUCAAUAGGAGCAUGAGGUUGUUGGCAAGGAAGAAGGGCAUGAAGCUUAAUCAGAGAGGGUUGUAUACGGAUGUUUUGAGAGGGAGGAAGGGGGAAAAGUUGAAUGAUGGGGUGUUGAUUGAGGGGAGGAGCGAGAGGAGGAUUUUUGAGAUUUUGGGCGUGCCGUGGAGGGAGCCCGGGGAACGGAUUUGUUAGGUAGGGUGGGGUAUGAGGGUUGGAUAUGGUUUAGCUUGGAUAGUGGAUGUGAAUGGCCUUGCCUGAUGGGAUGAAUAAUAAGCUUGGGUUUCUUGGUUGGAUUUGAGAAGCAUUUAUAUACCGAUCGAAUAUCUCGGACAGGGAUAUAUCAUAGAAAAUUCUUGUAUUACACUCUGUCUGU